AUGGCUUCCCUAUCACAGUCUCGGGAACAACCAACGCAGAAGCAUCGAAAGAUCCGGAAAGGCACCUCCAGCUGCUGGGAGUGUAAGAAUCGUAAGAUUCGAUGCCAAUUCAUCUCAUCCUCUGCAACAAUAUGUGCAUCUUGCCAGCGAAGGGGACUCUCUUGCAUCAGCCAGCAGUACCCAUCCCAUGAAGAUGCAGGAUAUCAAGCAGUGGAACAGCGCAUUAGCUACGUCGAAAGCCUGGUGGCGCAGCUGGUACAACAUCAAGAGGCCUUUUCAUCAUCCCAAAGAUCACCAGUCAGUCGGGAAGUGAACCAGGAUUUGCUUUUCGAUACGAUAGACCCCAGAGCGAUACAUCUUCAAACCACAGACACUAAUGGCACUCCCGAAAAUGAUUUGGUAUCGUCCGGCUCCUUAAGCCAUGUUCAGUCAUUACUUCCGUCUGCUGCUAUUCUCAAGCGAAUUUUGGAUCGCAGCCCGUUCUGUAAUCAACCAUUUUAUCUAUUGAUCUGCUCUAAGACACUUGCUCGGGUGGACAGCCAAUCCAAACUGAAGUCCAAUCAGCAAGUGCAGCUUGCACAUACAAUAAUUCAACUUGCUCUUUGUUUACAACAGCCGAUGCAUCAAGUGCCCGAGCUCCAAUUUGACCAACCAAGUCACCAAGUGGCCAAUUAUUUUAUCAACGUCGCGUCUCGCUAUAUCACCUCCCAGGAUCUGCUUAUCGACUCACUUGAUGGCCUGGAGACUCUCAUCUUGGAGGCCCGCUACCAUAUCCACGUGGGCAAUCUUCAUUCUGCCUGGCUUCUCUUUCGUCGAGCGUUGGGGAUUGCACGCUCGAUGGGUGUGCCGUGUCGGAGGCAUGAGACUGAGAGCCGUGCAGAAUCUAUUUGGUUCCGUCUAAUAUACAGUGAUCGGUUUCUAUCUCUCAUGCUUGGACUCCCUUUUGUCGAUGUGGACGGUCAGCUCACCGGUGCACGGCAGCUUGCGGCCGAUGAGUGGUCAGAUCGGUUAGAGCGCACCCAUAUUACGGUUGUAGGCAAAAUAAUCACCAGAAACCUCUAUUUGCAACAACGAAAUGAAAGCAAGGUCGAUAUGCACGAACUUCUGUCCGAUGACUACCAAGAGACACGCGGUAUUGAUCUUGAACUGAAAAGAGCCGGUCGCAUGCCACCUAUCCGUUGGUGGGUUUCACCAGUGCUAAGUCUAGGCCAUGAUAUACCCGAUUUGGACACGCCGGAACAGUUCAUCAAAAUCCUGACGCAGAUGCAUCAGUCAUAUCUGGUUGUUGUUCUUCAUCAGCCGUAUCUCCUUGAGCAUAUCCGUCUAAAAUCAACGACUCAUCAUCAAAUAAAGGCUCAUCCGCUACCAGACUAUACCUACAGCAAACAGGCCGUUCUUUGUUCAAGUCGCGAGGUCCUCGCUCACUUUUGCAUAUUCCGCGACACCCUCCAGAAUAUUCCAUAUCUUGGUCUCGUCGAGAAGGCCUUUGCUUCUGCGGUGUGCCUCCUCCAAAUACAUAUGAACGAGCAUCGGCUCAAGACAGAAAAUGCGUUGGAGCACCAGCGCUUUCGAGACUUGGCAGUUAUUGAUGAUGUGAUUCAGACCAUGAAAAAAGUUUCAAGUCUCACAAACGGCAGUCUGACUCCUUCUUGUGUUGAAAUUUUAACUAACUUGGUGCACAUGGAAGAAUGUGCAGCCAAUGGUGCCAAAUGUGUAACAUGGCUGGAGCCUGGAACCCCCGAGAAUGAUUACACGAAAGCCAUCUUUGAGCACCAGAAGAUGAGCUUUACAUUACCGUAUUUUGGCAGGCUACACAUUUUACUUGAAGAUUUUUCGAAUACCACGGAUUUUCCAAACUUUGAGACGUGA